AUGCAGCACUGGUGCCCGGAACUAUGCCCACCAAACUGGCCCACCAGGAGUCGACCAGCAGAAAUGCCAAACCAGGGCAAAUGUAGGGCUGGCUGCCGAGCCCUGCCCCUUAACACUCAUUCUUUCCUAGCAGGUAGCUUCCUGUUCGCCAGUUUAGGUUGGCCGCGGCUGGGCUCUCUUGGCACGUGUGCAGUGCUGCACGUCCAGGGUGCCAAUCAAGCUGAUUUUUGUGUUCUGACUUACACAAGCGUGGUCAAUUUGCAGGCAUCUGUGCCCUCGACAGCUUCAACGCUUAAUUUGUUGUAG